GAGCAUAGCCGACUUUGAGUCACAACAGAAGAGUUAAAACCAACUCUAAUAAAGUCUCGUGGAGCUACUACUUGAACCGUGCUCACGGAAAUGAGCCCGGCCAAUCAGAGCAGAGAUACUCGGUGCAUAUCAACAAGCUGAAUAGGAGCAGUAUUUGAGGACCGGACAGAGAGACGAGGGCUGGAGGUCUGGCUGGGUAAAGUGACAGGAUGCUUUCUGAUGCUCUAUGUUUAGAUGAUUUUAGAGAGGGCAGAGGUCAUGUGGAGCUUUACCUGUGAGAUGGUCUGCAGGGAAAUAUGCUGACAUCAGAGGUUUGCAUUUUAAACGGGAGGUAGAGAGACAGAUGAGGACGAUGCUCCAGUGAUGAGACAGAAGAAGCUGAGUUUGCAUUGAUUUUAUCAGGCUGUCAGUGUGGAGUGGAGCUGGAGGCUGCGGGGUGAAGUUCCUGAGAGUCACACAGAGAGGCGCAUACAUACAGAAAGAGUGGAUCAGUGAUCGUUCACGGAAGGAUUUAAAAAACGCCGUUGCACCUUCACGUCUUUGGCUUAUCGUUGUGGCAGCACCUCAGGGAGUUGAAGGAGGCGGGUGACUCUGACAGGGUCGGUGUUGGAGGGAUGGUAUUGGUGUGGGCCUGGCAGGCUGUUCUGCUGGUGACCGGAGUGGCAUCACUGAGCCGGGGCUCUCAUGCCAACAUGUUGGAGACCAUGCUGCUGAAGAAUGGGUGGAAGGGGGGAUCUGAGAGGCGGAUGGCAGAGGAGAGCAGCAGCAGCAGCACGGCCACGGUUCCAGCUCAGAACAUGCUUUGGUGUCACUGCUACCAUCACUGCCCUGAAGACUCUGUCAACAACACGUGCAUGACUGACGGCUACUGCUUCACCAUGGUGGAGGAGGAGGAGGGCGGUGUGGCCGUCAUCACCACGGGGUGUCUGGGUCGUGCUGGUUCUGAGUUCCAGUGCAGAGACACGUGGAACGCACGCUCCAGAAGAGCCCUGGAGUGCUGCACAGAUCAGGACUACUGCAACAGAGACCUGCAUCCUACUCUUCCUCCGCUUGUGACAUCAGGUUAUGUUGACAGCAGUAUCCCAUCCCUGGCUCUCUGUGUCUCAGUCAUCGUCGUCAGCAUCAUCCUCGGUCUUGUUCUACUCUUUUGUUACUUCAGAUAUAAGCGGCAGGAGUCGCAGCCACGCUACAGUAUUGAUCUGGAGCAGGAGGAGACCUACAUCCCCCCUGGGGAGUCCCUGAAGGACCUGAUUGAGCACUCCCGCAGCAUCGGCUCUGGAUCUGGCUCAGGCCUCCCUCUACUGGUGCAGCGCACCAUUGCAAAGCAGAUUCAGAUGGUGAAGCAGAUCGGAAAAGGGCGAUACGGAGAGGUGUGGAUGGGCAAGUGGAGAGGAGAGAGAGUGGCUGUGAAAGUCUUCUUCACAACAGAGGAAGAGAGCUGGUUCAGAGAAACAGAGAUAUAUCAGACCUUCCUGAUGAGACAUGAUAAUAUACUUGGGUUCAUAGCAGCAGAUAUCAAAGGAACCGGCUCAUGGACUCAGCUCUACCUGAUAACGGACUACCAUGAGAACGGAUCUUUGUAUGACUACCUCAAAUCCAACACGUUAGACGUCAAAUCUCUGCUGAAACUGUCCUACUCGUCCAUCUCAGGCCUGUGUCACCUGCACACUGAGAUCUACGGCACACAGGGAAAACCAGCCAUCGCACACAGAGACCUGAAGAGUAAAAACAUCCUGGUUAAAAAGAAUGGAUCCUGUUGUAUAGCAGACCUCGGACUCGCUGUCAAAUUUAACAGUGAUACCAACGAGGUGGAUAUCCCUCCAAACCUAAGGGUAGGUACAAAGCGCUACAUGCCCCCUGAAGUGUUGGAUGAGACACUAAACAGGAGCUACUUCCAGUCCUUCAUCAUGGCUGACAUGUACAGUUUUGGCCUCAUUGUUUGGGAGAUGGCCAGACGGUGCAUAUCUGGUGGUAUUGUAGAGGAAUAUCAGCUGCCUUAUUAUGACCUCGUGCCCACUGAUCCUUCGUAUGAAGACAUGAGAGAAGUCGUCUGCAUAAAGAAACAAAGACCUUCAUUUGCUAAUCGCUGGAGCAGUGAUGAGUGUCUGCGUCAGAUGGGAAAACUCAUGUCGGAGUGUUGGGCUCACAACCCGGCCUCCCGUCUCACAGCCCUGAGGGUGAAGAAGACCCUGGCCAAGAUGUUAGAGUCUCAAGACAUCAAACUGUGACAGGAAGUCAAGAGAGAUGCUCUCAUCAGUGAGGAUGUGUCACCGCCACCGGCUCCACGCCGCUAACACUGGCUGAUAGAAGAAAGGGAAAAAAAGAAAGACUGAACGACGGGAAAAAGGAAACAGACAGAGAGGAUGACUGAGAGAGAUAAUGGUCCACAGGGAGCCAGGAACAAAAAAAAGAUUUAUUAUGUCAGGGGAGGUCGGCUCUCCGGUCGUCAGUUUAGGUUGUGCUUUCUAUGAAAGCUGAUUGGUUGUCAGGUCCAGACUGUCCCUGUGGACAGGCGGAUAGGGACCCUUCACAAGAGGAGAGGACUGAAACUCCUCUGAUUGGUGUGAACAGAGGAAACUUCUGCUCCCUCCUAAAGCCAUGCAGCAGUAUUCUUAGUGCAGUUUUUUGUACUGUACAAGCUGCCUCCAUGUUUUUGUGUUCAGCUCCAUCAAAAUGACUCUCAUCCAUCCAAAGAAAUGUUCAGUUCUUGCUCUGUGACCUCACUUUAUUGGCAUUAUUUUAUUGAUUUUAUGGCAGAACAAGUAAGAAGUCCAGAAAUGUUGCUCUAAAUUUAAAAUACAACCUCCGACAGGGGUUUUAAUUUGUGAUAUUUCUUUGACUGAGGCUUUUAUGAUUGCAUUAUCUCCUCUUAAAAUUCACAUGUACAUACAAAAACUAAAAAUCUAUAAUUAAUGAUUGCCUUGCUGGAUGUUAAAUAUGUGUUUUUGUUGUUUAUGUGUACAGAAUAUGUCCCAUCCACUCUGCCACUGUUACAUUUGCCUUAUUUAACCUGUACAUAUGUGAUGAUUGAGAGUGCAUGAGUGGAUGUGGAUAACAUUCCCCAAUAAAAUGUCUCCUGAAA